ACCGACCGACCGAAUCUUUUUUAUAUCUUUAACAUUAUCUUCCACUGCAUCUCUACGCUUGUACACGGUAAAUUUCCACCAGCAGCCUCGACUAUGUUUAUUCAGGCGAUCUUCGGUGCCAGCGUUACUGCCAUGGCUGGGCUCUACGCCCUUAAAUCUGGAGCGAACCCCACUCAUUCGGACAAUGUCCCUUACGAAGUCGACCUCCAUUGGAUGCGCAAAUCUAUUGAGGUGAUGCCUCCCUGUCAUUUCAACGCCUACGGCUCUGUUAUUGUGAACGCUUCUAACAACGAGUUGUUAUGUUCUGGAUACAACUCACAGCUUGAAAUUGGAGACCCUACUGAACAUGGUGAAGUUAAUGCUAUUCGUAACUGUGUUAAGAAGUACACAGAGCUUGGCUGGACACCUGCUCAGAUCACUGAAAUUUGGCCUCAAUCUUGGAUUUACACCACCGCCGAGCCUUGCCCCAUGUGCGGCUCCACAAUCCUUCAAUCUGGCUUCAAACGAGUCGUCUAUGGUACUUCGAGUCCCGAUCUAGUCGGCAUGGGUUGGACCGAAUACCUCGUCUCCGUCCGUAACAAAUGGCUCCGUAAAGCUGCUGUCGUCCAACCCGGUUUUGGCGGCAAUCGACCGGUCACACAAGUCGUAGGGCAUGUGGGCAACAAUGAGACCGACCCGCGACUCGCUUGGCAGUUUAACCUUGAUUAUCCUUGUCCUGAGGGGUGCCACAGGCAUGGAGAGGAACAGAUUUGCAAGCCUGUUGCUUGAGCAUAAGGUGUUUUGGAGAUUUGGGAGGAAGAGGGAAAAGGAUAGGGAUGAUGGGGGUUUUAUGGAUUCAGACAAAGAAGAAAAUGGUUGCAUCGUCGCAUUGCGUGAGAAUAGCUUGUGGUUUGUUGGGAAUGUUUGUUCGGCAGAUGGGGGGACAUUGCUUAGCAUUGGGCGAUUCAUCACUAUGAAAAUUGGGACUGGUAGCAUUUGGAUACGAGGAACGAAUGUCGUAGCAGUUGGCAUAAAUGCAUAAAGACGUUCAUACAUAUUACUGAGUGGCCAUGAAUCAAG